AUGUGGGGGAGACGGCCCUGAUCGAGCUGGAGGAUGGCAGCAUGUGGGCGGUGGCUGAUAACGGGCGCUUCUCUCCUCCUCCUCCUCCAUGGUGCACGCGGUUCCCUGCCCUGAGGCUAUCUCGCUGCAAUGGCCAGUUCAUGCGGUGCCUUGGCCGCCCUCGCCUCAGGCAUAAAAGGCCACGGUCGCGUGAGCGUGCACUCCGAGCAUCCGUCUUCUCUCCACGCCAUCUCCCGCCGCUCCGGCCGGGCUGUUCCCAGACAUGGCCGCCAUCCAGCGCAAGACGUCCGACUUGUCCGUCACCGACGAAAAGUCCGGAUCCGCCGUCGUCGACGAGAAGGGGCCUUUCGACCACCUCCCCGUCCUCGACACCGCCCACGUCGAUGCCGCCGCCGUCGGUGAUGUCUCUGAGGACGUCCGUGCCAUCGAUCUCGACGCGUCCGGCAAGGAGCGCCCCAUCGAGACCGGCCAGGACUAUGCCCUCCGUCUCGUCUCCCUCGAGGACGACCCCACCCUCCCCGUCCUCACCUUCCGCACCUGGUUCCUCGGCCUCGGUCUCGCCUGCUUCGCCGCCGUCCUCGGCGAACUUUUCUACUUCCGCCCCCAGACCGUCCAGGUGUCCGGCCUCUUCCUCCAGGUCCUCGCCUUCAUCCUCGGCCGCGCCUUCGAGGGCGCCCUCCCGGGACCCAACCACGCCGUCGACAAGAUGCGCACCCGCGACAACCGCUUCUGGCGCUUCAUCAACCCCGGCCCCUUCAACAUCAAGGAGCAUGUCGCCAUCAGCAUCAUGUCGACGACCGCGUCCGACCAGGCCAUUGCCAUCUCCGUAUUUGCCGCGCAGGACCUCUACUACCACGUCGCCGUCAACCCCGCGAUUGGCAUCUUCACCCUGAUCGCGUCCCAGCUGAUCGGCUAUGGGCUCGUGGGGCUCGCCCGCGACUACCUCGUCUACCCGACCUGGGCCGUCUACCCGUUCCUCAUGCCCCAGGUCCAGCUCUUCGACGCCAUGCACCGCGGCCAGGGCAUCUUCCUCCAGAAGAAGCGCCGCGUCUUCUUCUGGAGCGUCCUCGUCGGCAUCUUCGUCUGGGAGUGGUUCCCGGAGUACAUUGCCACCACGCUCACGGGUAUCUCCAUCUUCUGCUUGGCCGAUCGCCACAGCGCGUGGGUCACCCGUAUCUUUGGUGGUGCGGCCGGAAACGAGGGGCUUGGGCUGUUUGCGCUCUCGCUCGACUGGAACUACAUCGGUUCGGGCGGCGGCGCGAUCGGCUCGCUCUUCACGCCUCUCGCGACGCAGCUCUCGCUCUACUCGGGUGUCAUCGUCUGCAUCAUCGCGUUCUGCGCUUGCUACUCGCGCGACGUGUGGCACGCGCAGAACUUCCCGUUCCUGUCGCAGCUGCUCUUCUACGAAAACGGCACGCAGUACGAGCAGCUCGCGAUCCUCAACAGCGACUUCACGCUCAACAACACGCUGCUCGAGCAGCAGGGCCUCCCGUACUACGCCGCGUCGCAGACCCUCUACCAGCUCUCGCGGACGGCGUACAUCGGCACGGCGGUGACGCACUUCUUCAUCUGGCACUUCAAGGACGUCUACCAGGUCGUGCGGAACGUGCGCACGCAGGAGUGCCAGGACGCGCACUACCAGAAGAUGAAGGUGUACAAGGAGGUCCCCUUCUGGUGGUUCUUCGUCCUCUUCCUGAUCAUGUUCGCGCUCGGCAUGGGCCUGAUCUACGCGGCGGACUCCGGCCUUCCGUGGUGGGGCUUCAUCGUCGCGCUCAUCUUCUCGACGGCGUUCGUCCCGAUCCUGGGCACGCUCUAUGCGACGGUGGGCUACCAGCCGAGCUUGCAGUUCUUGAUCCAGAUGGUCGGCGGCGCGAUGAUCCCCGGCAAGCCCGUCGCCAACAUGUACUUCACGCUCUAUGGCUACCAGACGUACCAGCUCACGCUGAACAUGCUGCGCGACCUCAAGCUCGGGCAGUACACGAAGCUGCCGCCGCGGGUGACGUUCCUGAUGCAGACCGUGGGGGGCAUCGUCGGGGGUGUGCUCAACUACGUGAUCAUGAAGUCGGUCAUCUCGGGGAACCGCGAGAUCCUGCUGGACGUGCAGGGCACGAACGUGUGGUCCGGGCAGCAGGUGCAGUCGUACAACUCGGCCGCGAUCACGUGGGGCGCGCUCGCGAAGCCGCUGUACGCGCCGGGCGCGCGGUACGGGUUCAUCCCGUGGAUGCUCAUCGCGGGGCUCGCGGUGCCGAUCCCGUUCUUCAUCGCGCACCGGCUGUGGCCGCGCGCGGGGUUCAACUACGUGUUCACGCCGGUCGUCGUCGCGGAGCUGGGGUACCUGUCGGUCGGGAUCAACUCGUCGUGGAUGACGUCGCUCGCGGUCGCGGUGUUCUCGCAGUGGUACCUGCGCAAGUACCGCCCGCGCUGGUUCCGCAAGUACAACUUCCUCCUGAGCGCCGCGCUCGACGGGGGCACGCAGAUCAUGGUGUUUGUGUACUCGUUUGCGGUCGGCGGCGCGAGCGGGAAGGCGGUCGCGUUCCCGAACUGGGCGCUGAACCCGGCGGGGAACCCGGACUACUGUAUGCGCCUUACGGACUGAGCUCUGCGACGGGACGCUCUUCUCCUUGGUGGCACGCUGUAUCAUAUGUACGUGGAUACACUGUUAGGGUAGUAGGUACAUAUAGAUUUACGAUAUAUAGAGCACGAUGCACACGACGCACGAUUGGGAUACGUCGCUGACGAUGCUGCAUGUAGUAGUACGUUUUAUCGAUUCUAUCCCCUCUUCCGUUUCUUG